AAAUGAACUAACUAGGAAAUUUCUCUGAAAAUUAUUAGAAAAGACUGGUUGAAAAGUCUUCAGAGGCUGCCUGCUUUCACCCUUUCUUGAUGGUUCUAUUGUGCAUAUAGAAUUACAUCAAAUUUCAGCAGCUUAAAAAAAAAAAAAAAAAAAAAGGAAGAGCGCAACUCUUUAGACGAUCUGGGUUAUCUCCAAAUUUCUAACUGUUUAAGCGAAUGGCAGUAGUUGGAGAGACUUUUCUUUCUGCUGUUUUCCAGAUGGCGCUUGAUACUUUGGCUUCAACGAUCCUGAUGGAAUUCGGGUGCCGGUUUGAUAUUGAUAAAGAUCUCAAGAGACUGCGCAGAACCCUGUCAAAAGUCCAACGUGUGCUUAAUGAUGCUGAGGCAAAGCAGAUCAGUGAUCAGGAAGUCAAAUUUUGGCUUAAUGACCUCAAAAAAGUUUUCUUUGAUGCAGAUGACGUGAUAGAUGAAGUUGCAACAGAAGCUUUUCGCUUUAAUCAGCAGAAAAAGGUAACCAACUUGCCCUCUAUAUCCAAAGAUUCUAUUUUAGAACUUGGGAUAGCUCCUAAGAUAAAGGAAAUCAAUGAGAAGUUAGAUGAAAUUGCAAAAGAUGGGGCUGAUCUUGGUUUGAGGGAGGGAGUUGGGGUAGCUUGGACAGAAUCGAGGGACAGGGACAGGGAGAGACUGCAGACUAGCUCCUUGAUAGAUGAAUCUCGGGUUUUUGGUCGGGAGGAGGACACGAAAAAGAUUGUAAAGUUGUUAGUGUCUGAUGAGUUCCACGGAAAUGAUGUUGCUGUUCUUCCCAUUGUGGGGAUGGGAGGCCUGGGCAAGACAACACUUGCUCAGCUUGUAUUCAAUGAUCCCUUGAUUACUAAAGUUUUCGAGCUCAGAAAAUGGAUUUGCGUCUCAGACGACUUCAAUUUCAAUCCUCGAAGGCUUACGAAAUCAAUUCUGGAGUCGAUUGAUGGGAAAAGUCGCGAUCUGGUGGAUUUGGAUACCCUUCAAAACUGUCUUCGUGAUAAGUUGAAGGGGAAAAAGUUCUUGGUUGUGCUUGAUGAUGUGUGGACUGAGAAGGAGAGAGAAUGGGAAACUUUGCGCCUUCCUUUCAGAGCAGGAGAAUUGGGAAGUAAAAUCAUCGUAACUACCAGAAGUAAAAGAGUUGCAUCAAUCAUGGGCACACUUCCAACUCACCAUUUAGAAGUUCUAUCGGCUGAUGAUUGCUGGUUGUUGUUCAAGCAAAGGGCAUUCAUAGAUGGGAAUGAGGCUGCACAUCCAAACUUAGUAUCAAUUGGCAAGGAAAUUGUAAAGAAAUGUCGAGGUUUGCCUUUAGCGGCCAAGACACUCGGAGGACUCCUGCGUGCAAAGACUGAAGUUCCUGAAUGGGAGAAUAUUUUGAAUAGUGAUAUAUGGGAGUUGGAAUAUGAGGAAAAUGAAAUCUUUCCAGCUUUGAGGUUAAGCUACAAUCAUCUUCCAGCACAUCUUAAGCAGUGUUUCAUGUACUGCUCAAUAUUUCCAAAAGAUUACAACUUCGAUAAAGAAAAUUUAGUCUUGUUGUGGAUGGCAGAGGGAUUUGUUCAUUGUAUGGGAAAGAGGCGCUUGGAAGAUGUUGCAUCUGACUAUUUUGACGAUUUAUUGUUGAGGUCUUUGUUUCAACAAUCCAAAACCGAUUCCUCAAAGUUUGUUAUGCAUGACUUGAUUCAUGACCUGGCGCAAUCCGUGGCUGGGGAAAUGUGCUUCAGAUUGGAGCCAGAGAAACUUGAGAAUAUCCCAGAGAUGGUUUGGCAUUCAUCUGUGCUAGUUGACACAUUUAAGUCGGUUACAUUUGAGGCCUUGUACACAAAAAAAAGCUUGCGGACAAUGCUUCUACUGUGCAAUAAAAGUUCACCACGAGAGAACUCUAAUGUGACGGUCCCCCAUGACCUGGUGUGCACUUUGAGAUGUUUACGUUCGUUGGAUAUGAGUCACAUCUCCAUAAAAGAGUUACCAGAUUCAGUUGGUAAUUUGAUGCAUAUGAGGUAUCUUGACCUCUCUCACACUGACAUCAAGGAGCUACCUGAAUCAAUUUGCAGCCUCUGUAAUCUGCAGACAUUAAUUCUUGUCAAUUGCAACAAGCUUCUUAUUUUGCCAAAAGGUACAAAAGAUUUGAUGAAUCUACGUCAUCUUGAUUUGACGGGAUGUUGGCAUCUCAGAUCCAUGCCGCCAUAUUUUGGGAGACUUACUUCUUUGCAAAGGCUGCAUAGGUUUAUUGCUGGAAAUGAAGUCGGGAGUGGAAUUAGUGAGUUGAAGGACAUGAAUGAACUUCGAGCUACACUUUGCAUUGAUAGGGUUGAGGACAUUAUUAAUAUUGAAGAUGCAAAGGAGGCUAACUUGAAGAGGAAGCCAUAUAUACACAAGUUGGUGCUGAGAUGGAGUAGAAGUCAACGUGUGCGGGAUGCGAUUGAUGAGGAAUUGCUUGAAUGUCUUGAACCUCAUACCAGCCUUAGAGAAUUAACCAUUGAUGUAUAUCCUGGUGCCAAGCUUCCGAACUGGAUGGGAGAUUCACUACUGUCUCAUUUAGAGAGCAUUGAAUUCAUCCAUUGUAGCUACUGUAAAACCCUCCCUCCUCUUGGUCAGCUACCGUUUCUCAAAUAUCUCACCAUAUGUAUGAUGCUAGAGCUCGAAAGCAUUGGUCGUGAGUUUUAUGGGAAUGGUAAGAUUAAGGGGUUCCCUUCUUUGAAGAAACUAAAGCUUGAAGAGAUGAGAAGUUUGAAGGAAUGGGAAGAGAUUGAUCAUGGAGAAUUCCCUGUGCUUGAGCAGCUUGAAGUUUUGAACUGUCCCAGCAUUACCAACCUUCCAAAAUUUCCAUCACUGAGUGAUCUGUUGCUAGAUAAUUGUCAUGAGAGAGUAUUGUGUUCAGUGCAUUUCCUCACCUCCUUAUCCUCUUUGGAGAUUUUGAACUUCCGGAGAGUAGAUUUAUUACCUGAUGGUCUUCUUCAACCACUAACUGCCCUGAAAAAACUCAAAAUCAAGAACUUGCACCGAUUCAAGGCAUUGCAAAAUGAGUUAGGUGUACAAGAUCUUCAGUCUCUCCAAAGAUUGGAAAUCUCAUGCUGUCCAAAGCUGCUGUCAUUUGCUGAAAAGGGGCUUCCCAGUUCGCUGCAACAUCUUUCAAUUGACAUGUGCAAUACUUUGAAGAAUCUACCUAGUGGACUACAAAAUGUAUUCUCUCUUGAGGAGCUGCAUAUUUCCAAAUGUCCUAAAAUUGUGUCUUUUCCCGAAGAGAAGCUAGGAAUCUCACUCAAGAAUUUGAGGCUUUUAUCAUGUGCCAACCUUGAAUCACUUCCUGUGCGUCUCCAUGAAGUCCGAAAUCUUGAAAGUUUGUCUAUACAAUGUUGCCCAAAACUUGCAUGCUUACCAGCUUCAGGGUUGCCAGCUUCGCUUCGUUCAUUGUCUAUCAUGGAGUGUGCUUUACUGAAAGAGAGAUGUGCAGAAGGUGGUGAAGAUUGGCCAAAGAUAGAACAUAUUCCAGAAAAGCAUAUUAAGAGUGUUUUGAAUGAAUGAUGUCGAAGCUUUGAAAUGAAGCUGCAGGGAGAAAACAAAGAGAAGCAAGAGAAGAAGGAUCUGUUUGCGCAGCAGCAUCAUUAGGAUAGAUGUUUUGAAAGAUAUGGGCAGUUGGGCACCUUAUAGAUCAAGUCCAGUAAAUGUUUCCGGAGCUAUGAGUUUCUUCAUUAUUUUCAUUGCAUAUCUACUUCAAUUGUAUUAGAACUUAUUCAAUUGUUGAUCUUCAUCUAUUUAUGUAGAGCUUGACUUGUACUCUUUUCCUCUUUCAUUUGUGAUGAUCCUUUCGUUGAA